CCGCACCCGGGUCAUACAUCCCAGUGCCGAACGCGUUUCUGUUGGAUCGAAGUUGGAUACGGGGGCUGACCGACCAAGCCUGUCUGGUUUUUACUCGGCUAGACAGAUUUCAAACGGCGAAAUAGCAAGCUUGCCCGAACGCUUGGGUCCUCUCUUGUUCGUGUACCAUAGACUGAAGAAGGACAUUAUGGGUGCUAUUCUCCCGACGAAAUCAUUACCGAAAGGGGAAGUUAAGAAACUCGUACAGAAAACUCAUUUCAGUGAACACCAAAUUAAGAAAUGGUAUAAGGAAUUCAUAAAAGACUGUCCAUCCGGCCUACUCAAUCGUGCUACGUUCCUCAGCAUGUACACACAGUUCUUCCCUGAUGGCAAAGCUCGCCCAUUCUAUGAGCAUUUGUUUCGCACUUUCGACCAAGAUGGAAGUGGUAACAUUGAUUUUACAGAGUUUCUCACCGCUAUAAGCAUUACUCAAAGUGGCGAUCCUGAGGAGAAACUAGAUCUUGCCUUUCAGUUAUACGACAUUGACCGAAACGGGACGAUAGAAGAAUCCGAAAUGACUCAAAUUAUCACAGCUAUUCAUCUCAUGGUUGGUGAGGUGGAUACGCGCGACAACAAUCCAGGUGAACGUACUCGGGCAAUCUUCCAGAAGAUGGACGCAAAUUCGGAUAAACUUUUAACUAAAGAAGAGUUUAUCAAGGGCUGCCUAAGCGACGAACAUCUUUAUCGGUUACUUGCGCAGUCGGAAGAUAAAAAGUCCACUUAA